AUUUGAAGUAAGCGGCAUAUUCGAACAAGCUGCACUACUUGCGACUUUCUACUAAUUUCUCUUAAAUAACCGACGUAAAGUGUAAAAAAGGACAUUUCUUCUUGUUUACGCUUUAUGUUGAUGUUAUGCUAUUCUGAGCUAUGAAGUGAUGUGUUGUUGUCACUUUCAUUCACCAUUUUACUAUUCUGUCUCAGACAAGUUUUCAAUUAAAAGAAAUCUUCCAUGAGAAUUUACUGUUUCUGCCGUUUGCUUCAUAAAACCAUCACAACCAGUUUCAUACCUUAAAAAAUUUUCAAUUCUCACCUCAGAGAUAUUCAUCCAUUUUUAAUUACAAAACUUGGAGUCAUCCGAAUCCAUCUGUUAGUUUGUAGUCAUUUACGAAGAAUUCUGCAACUUGUGGUUAUUUAGAAAAAAAGAUGUCUCCGGAGAAUAUGGAUAAUAUUUGCACUCAAGAUAAACUUGUUUCGACACAAAAAGUUAGUAAAGCAGCUCGUCGUCGUGAAAAACGAGCUGCUCUUCAACAUGCUCAACAGACAGCUGCUUUAAUGAAUAUACAAACAGAUAGAUCUAAUAGUCUUCGAUCUGUUGAAAUGAAAAAGUUAGAAAAAGAACUUACAGCCCGUCACCUAUGUUUAUUUGAAGUUCCUUCAGAUGGAGAUUGCCUUUAUCAGUCAAUUGGGCAUCAAUUAAAAAUUCGGAAUUAUCCAUUGCACACAUUGAUAGGAAAGAUUGAAAUGUCUAAUCCAGAAAUUCUUGAUGAUAUUACUACCGAUCUGACAAUGAAACAAGUAGUGAAAAUUUUGCGUCAUCUUGCAUCGUAUCACAUUCGCAAAAAUAUGGAUGAUUUCCUACCAUUUUUGUUCAACCCAGAUUCUGGAGAACCAAUGAGUAUAGUUCUCUCAUGUUCUAGCGCAAGCACUGAUUUUCUGCAUCGGUAUGUAAAACAUGUCUGUGUUCUAACCCACUAACUUAUCCAGAUUGGUUAUAAGUUAUAAAUGGUUGUCAACUAACACUUUUUAACUGUAUGUUUAUGAUCUAUAUUACAGUGAAUUUAUUUAAUCUCUGCAGUCCUAAUGAAAUAAAAUUUUCAUCUUUAACAAUCAACAAUAGUUGUAAGAGUUUCUUGAAAUUAUGAUUAAACUUGAAAAUAUUCAUUUUGAAUCGUAAAUAUAUUGAAUAACAUUGUAAGAAUUUUUUGACAAUUUCAUUUUCCUCUUAUUUGAAGCUAAUUUUGAAAAAUAUUGUGACAAUAUAGAAAAAACAUCAACGUGGGGUGGACAAAUUGAAAUCCGUGCCUUAUCUACAAUGCUUCAACUUCCUAUUGAAAUAUUACAAGCUGAAGGAGUCCCAUUAAUUAUUGGAGAAGAGUUUUCUGAAGAGCCACCAAUCAUUAUUGUAUACCACCGUUACGCGUUCGCGCUUGGUGAACACUACAAUUCCUGUUUAAAGAAGCACGAAUUUCAAUGAUGAUUCUUAAGAGAAGAAUGAUAAAGGACUUCCAUGUAAAUAAUAAUUACUUAACCAUUGCGUAUAUUAUAACUGUGCUAAUAUUAUUAUUUGAUCAAGAUUAGCAUUCGUUUUUCAAAGAGAAAGAGACUCUAAAAUGUAAUAUAGUUCCAUUGGGGUUCAAAAUUUAUUUUAUUCAGUAAUAACUCUACUGAAAUAAAAUACAACACUGCGGAUUUCACUAUAUUUUGUAAAUGUUCUAAUUUUCGUUGAAAUUUGAGGAGCAUUUCAUUUGUUUUGUAUAUUUCUUGUAAACAAUUUUAUUAUUUUAUAUAUUUGUGCUGCGACAA